AUGCCGAAGAAGGCGAUUGAUGCGCGCAUACCAGCGCUGAUCCGCAACGGCACCAACUCCAAGCACCGCACCUUCUUCGUCGUCGUGGGCGACCGGCAGAAGGAUGUCAUUGUCAAUCUCUACCACAUCCUGCUUAACCUCGACAUCAAGCUCAACAAGUCGGUGUUGUGGGCGUACAAGAACAAGCUCCUCGGCUUCUCGUCGCAUCGCAAGAAGCGAGAGAAGAAGAUCAAGAAAGAGAUCAAGCGAGGCAUUCGGGACGCCGACGUCGAGGACCCUUUCGAACUGUUCGUGAGCACGCAGAACAUUCGAUAUGUUUACUACAAAGAGACGGAGAAGAUCCUGGGCAACACAUACGGCAUGUGCAUAUUGCAAGAUUUCGAAGCGGUGACACCAAAUCUUCUGGCGAGGACAGUGGAAACUGUCGAGGGCGGUGGGCUAGUUCUGCUUUUGCUCAAAGGCAUGAACAGCUUGAAGCAGCUCUACACCAUGAGCAUGGACGUCCACUCGAGGUACCGGACGGAAGCACAUGGUGAUGUUGUUGCGCGAUUCAACGAACGAUUCAUUUUGAGCCUGGGAAGCUGUGGAAACUGCUUAGUGGUGGACGAUGAGAUGAACGUGCUCCCUAUAUCUGGUGGCAAGAACGUGAUUGAGAAGAGCUUGACGAACGGCGAGGAGGACGGCAGAGAGGUUGCAAGACGGGAAUUGGAAGACGUCAAAGAGAGCUUCGCCGAUACACAACCCAUUGGACCACUCGUACAGCUGGCGCGGACCACUGACCAGGCCAAAGCACUUCUUACAUUCGUUGAAGCGAUCAAAGAAAAGACGCUAUCCAGCACGGUGGCACUGACGGCUGCUCGUGGACGAGGCAAGUCGGCUGCCCUGGGAGUGGCGAUCGCUGCCGCUAUCGCAUACGGUUACAGCAACAUCUUCAUUACGUCACCUUCACCUGAGAAUUUGAAGACUCUGUUCGAGUUCGUGUUCAAAGGCUUCGACGCCUUGGGAUAUCUCGACCACAGUGACUACACCAUCAUCCAAUCCACCAACCCCGACUUCAAUAAAGCCAUCGUGCGAGUCAACGUGCAUAGGCAGCAUCGCCAGACAAUACAGUACAUUCAGCCUCAGGAUGCAUACACACUGGGCCAGGCCGAAUUGCUGGUGAUCGAUGAAGCCGCAGCGAUUCCAUUGCCUUUGGUGCGGAAGCUCAUGGGACCGUAUCUUGUGUUCAUGGCGAGUACGAUCAAUGGAUACGAGGGCACCGGGCGAUCGCUCUCUCUAAAACUCGUGCAGCAACUUCGAGAGCAGUCGAGAGGGCUGUCAAAACUCAAGGGAGACGAAAAGGUCACAGAUCGCACUGCGAGCAAACACAGCGAUGGCGCAAACGUGGGCACGUCGUCCCGCUCGUUGCGCGAGAUUACCCUGUCAGAUCCAAUUCGAUACGCCCAGGGAGACCCAGUCGAGUCAUGGCUCAACCGACUUCUGUGCCUUGAUGCAACUCUCCCUCGAUCCAUGAGCGUUCACGGCACACCACACCCCUCCGAGUGCCAGCUCCUGCAGGUCAACCGAGAUACCCUCUUCUCCUUCCACCCAGUCAGCGAGAAGUUCUUGCAAUCGAUGAUGGCUCUAUAUGUCGCAUCCCACUACAAGAACUCCCCAAACGACCUCCAACUCAUGUCUGACGCCCCUGCUCAUCAGCUCUUCGUGCUCGUGCCUCCGGUCAAAGAGGACACAAAUCGAUUACCGGACAUUCUCUGCGUACUACAAGUUGCGCUUGAAGGACAAAUAUCUCGCGAGAGCGUACUAAACUCGCUCUCGCGCGGUCAGCGGGCGGGGGGCGACUUGAUACCAUGGCUGGUCAGCCAGCAAUUUCAGGACUCCGAGUUUGCUGGCUUGAGCGGUGCUAGGGUUGUCAGAAUUGCUACAAACCCGGAUCAUGCCGGAAUGGGCUAUGGAUCACGAGCACUCCAGCUUCUUACAGAGUUCUACGAGGGCAAGCAUGUCAGCUUGGACGAAGGCGCUGAGAGCCAAGCAGAUGUGCAUGAGGCAGAGAUGACUCGUGUGACAGACGCUGAGAUCGAACAAAACAGCCUACUCACGGACAACGUGAAGGUGAGAGAUAUCCAUGCUAUGCCGCCACUGUUUGCGCGUCUAUCCGAACGAAGACCGGCAGCGCUAGAUUACCUGGGUGUCAGCUACGGUCUCACACAGCCGUUGCACAAAUUCUGGAAGCGAGGAGGUUUCGUACCGGUGUACAUGAGACAGACAGCCAACGAACUGACUGGGGAGCAUACGUGUGUGAUGCUCCGGACACUGGACAACGAAGCCGGGACGAGCGAUCCAGCAUGGCUUGGAGCAUACGCUAAAGACUUCCAUCGACGCUUCCUCAGCUUGCUGUCGUAUCAGUUCAGACAAUUCGGCUCGGUGCAAGCUCUUGCCAUCGACGAGUCGGCACACAUGGGCGUCAACCUGCUCACAGCUGCAGAGCAGGCAACGCCACUGAAGUCAAAAGCAGAGCUGGAUGCUCUCUUCAGCCCUUGGGACCUCAAGCGUCUCGACUCCUACGCCGACAACAUGCUAGACUGGCAUGUUAUACUGGAUCUCAUGCCCCACAUUGCCUCGUUGUUUUUCACUGGCCGGAUACGCAACGAGAAUGGCAUCAGACUCUCUGGGGUGCAGCAGGCGCUGCUUUGCGCAGUAGGGCUUCAAAGAAAGGGGCUGGAAGACGUGGAGAGGGAACUCGGACUGCAGAUCGGCCAGGUCAUGGCCAUGUUUGUCAAGGUCGUGAGGAAGGUCGCCACGCACUUCCGUUCGAUACAGUCGGGUGCUAUACAGGAAGGAAUGCCCGCGGUACCUCAAGCCAUGAACGGCGGCGCAGACGAAGACGGCGUCAACGGCGGAGCGAACGUGGACAUGGAGACCAUCGGUGCCGACCUCAACGCCGAACUCGCAGAUGCCGGCGCCGAGUUCGAGCGAGAUGAGGAAGAGAGGGCACGGAUACGAGGCAUGAUCGAUACGCUGCCGCUCGAAAAGUAUGCCGCGGCCAACGGCGCUGCCGGGUGGCAAGAUGCCGAACGCCAGGUAAGAGACGCCGAGAAGAAAGGGCGGAAGAGUGCGACUGUGAGCGUGAAGUCGCAGAGAAAAGAGGAGGGCGACAAGGGGAAGCGGAAGGCGGGAGAAGCGCUUGCAGAGGUCGAGCGGGAGGCAGAAAAGCUGGGUGGGAAGAAGAAGAUGAAGAAGGGCUGGUGA